CGCCAUCCUCCCCGACGGCUAACCUGGCUUAUCUCCCCUGAGCUCGCAGGUCGACCCCCACAGCACCCUCGAUUCAUUCACUCCUUUCAUAAUGUCAACGCUCGCAGCCGCACCCACCACUCUUUCCCCUGAACCCUCACAAUCCCGCUCACGCGCCGCAGGGGACGACAGGGCCCCCUACGACGACCUCAUCGACCAGUAUGCGACCUCCUACACAGCCCACCAUACUGACCCUCCGCCCUUCGAUGACGGUCACAGCGACCGUGACCCUCCACUCUACCCCCUCUCCCAACACCAGUCGAACUACAGCGAGAUCUCUUUCAAGGACGUCAAGGGACUCGAAGAACACACAACACAAAGACUAGACUGGGAGUACCCUCCACCGAAGACAAUGCCGGACACCAAGGUGGAGAAGGAGUCUAGGACCAGUUGUUGGGAGAUUGUGCGCGCAGCAUUCAUACCAGAUUCCAUCGCGUGUCGAUUGUACCUCUUGACCAUCACGGUCGAGACAGCUAUCGACCUUGCUAUCGAGGCGGAGCUCUUUGUUCGGCUACAGGAUGUGCAGAGCACGUCUGCAAGUAGCGGCGAUGACCCAGAAUCGAGGAAGAUGCCCGUUUACCUGAGUAUAUUCGCCAUGGCCCAUCUCUUCCAGUUCGCAAUGGCGUUGGACGCCGUAUACAACCGCAACACUUUGCAGUUCAUCGCAUUGACCAUUUUCAACGCGCUUUUCCUCGUCUACGCCAUCAUUCAGAUUGGCGAGAUUGGGAGCCCGUCUUCAAGUUCUGGCAUACCCAUUCAUGUCCUCACGACCGUCAUCCCUAUCGUCAUUUCCGUCGCCGAACUGGCCUACAUUGGCUUAGGCUGGAAGAUCUAUAACGAAUUUGGCUGGAAAGUAUACAAGUACCUCGGUGCCGAUCGCCGGAUCAAGUCGAUGUAUGCUUACUACCAGAUUUUCCUCUGUCUGGUGAAGUUCGACCUGUUCUUCUGGUGCGGCUUCUCCGUCCAGUUCAUCUGGCUGGUCCUGAGUGAACACAAUGCGGAGUACUACCUGACUUGCUUGGCCUUUCCAUUGUCGAUUCUGGUACUCGUUGUCGGUCACUUUGCGGCUCGUCAUGAGAAGAAGUGGGCAAUGUUCGCUUUCAUGACGGGUUGUGCCGGAGCAAUGGUCUAUUUCAUGUACAAGCUCGUCGAAGUAGUGCGGCGGCAUGGCACAGCCACGUUCGUUGACGUCUGGAAGAGUUUGACAAUAUUCUCCGUUUUUGCGAUCGUCUUGCUGCUGACAACAUUCGUCUUUGCAUGCAUGGUGACAAACAACUUCGGACGAGGGUUGAAGAAUCAAAUGGCAAAGAACCAGAAUAUGGCGCGACGCGGCAAAUCCCAGGACAUCUACCGAGGUCCCAUGAGUACGCAUCCAAACCGGAUGAGUAUCGAGUAAGGGAAGCCAGGCAUGGCCCCUACGGACUUGUAUCGAUGUCGUGUAUACUUCACUGUCAUUAGCACUAGCGAGUGCUCCUCGCGGACAUUGCCACCCGAUCGCCUUCGUACUUACACACCACUGCAUUACCUAGUACCACCAGAGUCCCUGACCCCCCGCGCCGAAGUACAUCAUCUUCUCUACUGGAUUCACACGCGCAUCCUUCCGCCAUACUCGACUUUUUGCUGGCCUAACUUUCGAGCGGCGCGGUCUUACCUUACAGAAUGUCACAUAAAUUCCUUGCCGCGGUCCACUGUCUAUAUCUCUUCCUCUGACGUGUUGCAUUGUCCCGGAGAUACUACACUCUUGCUCCUGUAUUGAUAGCUCGGGGUCGUCACAAAUGCAGUGGAUGUGACCACU